AUGUUAUUGUCACCUUCAGAUUUGUCGAUCAUAAAGUUGGGAGCUGUAGAAAGUGAGAACUUUGAAAUCAUGACUAUUGAUGAUAUAGGAGGAAGUGAUUGGCGAAGGCCAAUAGUCGAUUAUUUACGCAAUCCUAUAGGGUCGGCAGACCGUAAGAUCAUGUAUCGGGCUCUUAGCAAUGUAUUGAUUGGAAAUAAAUUGCUUAAGAAAACAGAUGAAGAAGUUUUGCUUAAAUGUCUAGGAGAAAGUGAAGCAUAUGUGGAUGUGUCGAAUGUGCACAGUGGAGCAUGUGGUACACACCAAGCUGGACAGAAAAUGAGAUGGUUGUUAAUGUGUUCAGGGGUUUAUUGGCCUUCAAUGUUGAAAGAUUGCAUUGAGUUUUCUAGAGAUUUCCUGGAAUGCCAAUAA